AUGGUGCUCCUGUUACCUCUCAUCAUUGCAUUAGCAGUGAUGCACAGUGAUGCUCGUUUCCACACUUACCAGAGAAUGAUUGGCUGUGAGUUACUGGAGGAUGGAAACACCACGGGGUUUCUCCAAUAUGCAUAUGACGGACAGGAUUUCAUUAUCUUCAGUAAAGAUACCCUCUCCUGGAUAGCUAUGGACAAUGUGGCUCACAUCACCAAGCGGGCAUGGGAGGCCAAUCAGCAUGAGCUACAAUAUCAAAAGAAUUAGCUGGAAGAAGAAUGUAUUGCCUGGUUAAAGAGAUUUCUGGAGUAUGGGAAAGGUACCCUACAAAGGACAGAAUCAGAAACUAUGCUUCUGGCGAUGAAAGCGGUUGGGUUCAUUGUCCCCGCCACUGUCCUGUCUGGAGUUGGUGUCGUAGCCUGGCAAAGGAAGCCCUGAGAGCAAAAUGGAGUUGUCUACCUUCCUACACCAGAUCACUGA